AUGACAGGAUUUAGAAAGGGUCUGAGUGCAGCCGACUCUGUUCUCGAGUUUUCAUCGGCAGCGGACAGCGCCAAGAAGCGUAUGCUCGCAAUGCUUGCGGUGUUUGUGGACGUUCGUCAAGCUUUCGACAACGUCACCGGCACAGUUGCUGCCAACUGUCUCCAGGUUACCGGCGUCACUGGAAGGGCCCUCCGCUUUGUGGUCAGCUUGCUCACUGGCAGAACUGCACAGAGAAAUCCAAAGGGAAACAGGAAACGCCGCAGGAGAAUCGAGAUCAAACUUCGCGGCCACACUAUCCCUCAUGUCAAGACCCAUCGCUUCUUGGGCGUCACCAUUGACGAGAAGCUCAGUUGGAGUCCGCAGGUCGUGGCUAUCAAGUCGACCAUCGGAGCCUUCCAAAGUGUAUUGAAACGACUCCGUGGUACCGACUGGGGAUGCUCUUCCAAGGUGUUGUGCACGCUACACAAUUCGCUUGUCCUUUCCCGCAUACUGUACGCUCUCCCAUACGCCCUGCCGCCAGCAACACGGCUAGUUCAGCUCGAGGCAGCUCACCGCAUGGGCCUAAGAAACGCUCUGGGUCUCCCGCAGCAAUCAUCCAGCGAACUUGUCUACGGUGAGGCAGGGUCAAUGCCCGUUCGUCUGUUUGCUACUGAACGUUUGUUACAACAGUAUGACAGACUACACAGGUCACACGCUGGGAAGAAGAUCAUCCGCAGAAUACGCCGCCACCGCGGAUCUCGCUUUAAGAAACUGGGGAGGUACACCUACAAGAUGCUCGUUGGCCCUAGGCCGAGCUCCAGAGAGGAAGAGCCACCGUUUCUUCGACAGGGACCGCGAUGCUCUUGCUCUCUUCGGGGUCUCCGAAAGAAGUCACAUGUCCCAAGCAUUGUGGCCAAGGCGCUUGUACAAGAAGCCGUCCUUGAAAAAAACGAGGGUGCACUGGAAAUCUACACCGACGGGUCCACCAAUCCCGUUACCGGAAGUAGUAAGGCAGCGUUCUGGUGUCCUGCACUCGAGCACUCGUGGGGCGGUCGCAUCGACACUCAAGUGUCUUCAACCUUAGCCGAGCUCGUAGCCAUCAAGCAGGCCUUGGAAUUUUUACUCACGGUCGCAGAGAAGAGUGCUAUUGUGCUUACAGACUCCAAGUGCUCUCUUCAGCGAAUAUGUAACCCCCGCAUCGACGACCCCAUAGCACAUACCAUACUAGAGAUAUGGAAACAACUCAAGAACAACGGUACUGUCGUGGGUUUUCAGUGGGUUCCUUCCCAUGCAGGAAUAUUUGGCAACGAAACAGCUGACCGGAUCGCCAACAGCUACCACAAGCUUCCUUCUGAGGUCCCUGCACCUCUGGACCCACGACAUAAUAGGAAGCAGUUCUCUGCGUACGUCCGAGAAAUCCGUCUCACUGCUUAUCCGGAAGUGCGGCACUUCUCCCAACCAUGCCCCGUGAAGGAUCUCAACCGAAAGCUAUCUACCCUUCUUCACAGACUCCGAUGCAAGUCCGUCAUGACACCCGCCUUUCGUUAUAAACUGGGUUUCGCGUCAUCGCCACGCUGUGAGGCUUGUUUCUGUUUUGGUGACCUGGCGCACAUCAUCAUGGACUGCGCAGAGUCUCAAGCAGCCAGAGACACCUUGAUCUCGAGUUUCAGUGCCUUAUCACUUCCCUGUGGCUCUCUAGACGAGAUUUUGUACCCGCAGGGUCCCACCCACAUCCGUAGAAAAGCGCGAGACGCGCUCCUAGCUUUCGCUUCCUCUGUGGAACUGUCGUGA